AUGGGGAUCAUUGUCUCUGGUCACAUUUCUGUUAUUACAGUCCAUGGUUCACUUGUCCUCUGCCUGCUCCGUGGAGGAGAGGGCUGUCCUGAUGGACAUCCGGUCUUCACUGAGGAGAGCACACUCCAUGGAUUGAUUGGACUACCCAGGCUUCGAUAUCUUGACCUCAGUCUCGCUUCGCUUGGAGGGGGUUCCCUGGAAUUUAUCGGGGCAUGUGUUUCACUGGAACUCUUAGCUCUCAACAACAACAACAUUACUGGAGGUUUUCAAGAUGCAGCUUUCAAUAAUCUUAGAAACUUGCGAGAACUGAGUAUGUCUAUGAGUGGCCUCAACGGAAACCUCCCGGCAUCGCUAUUUGCCCUUCCUCACCUGAAGAUCUUAGAUCUCUCACAAAAUUUAUUUGAUGGGCAUAUUCCAAUUAGUUCGUCGCCAGGACCAAUCUCACUUGAAGUCUUAGAUCUCAGCUAUAAUGACCUCAGUGGAAAUCUCCCGGUUACAGCCUUUAAAAACAUCAGGAACUUGAGUUUGCUUGGCAGCGGAUUUCUCCCUGUCUCAUCAAUAUUUGCACUUCCUCAUCUGAAGUUCCUAGAUCUCUCAUACAAUAAUUUUGAAGGAGGUUUUCCUGUUAAUUUCUCUUUGGAACCAGUUUCACUUGAAGUCUUAAAUCUCGAAAGUAAUAACAUGAGUGGAGCUCUUCCGACCGAACGAGCAUUUGAAAAUCUCCAGAACCUGCGAGAAUUGUCUUUGGGUUCCAAUCAAUUCAAUGGAAACAUUCCAGCAUUAUUGUUUUCUCUACCACAUAUUGAACUGCUGAAUCUCUCAUCAAACUUCUUCAGCGGACCAAUUCCUAUAAAUCCAUCUUUGAAUAUUUCAUUGUCACUUAAGAGUCUUCAGUUUUCCCAAAACAAUUUGAGUGGUAGGCUUUCUUUCACUUGGCUUGGAAGCCUCACAAAGCUAGAAGUAAUAGACCUUUCAGGCAAUGCUAACCUAGUUGUUGAUGUCAAUAUUCUUGGCGGGACACCUCCUUUCCAGUUGAAACAGCUAUUGCUCUCUGGUUGUGAUCUUGACAAGAGGAUUAUUGCAGAACCACGGUUUUUACGCAUGCAACGUCAUUUAGAGGUGCUUGACUUGUCCAACAAUAACUUGUCAGGUAGCAUGCCAAAUUGGUUGUUUACAAAGGAAGCAACACUACAAGAACUGCAUCUUGGAAAUAACUCGCUAACUGGAUCGCUACACCCAAUAUGGCAUACCCAAUCUUCUCUCCAGAUUAUCGACUUACACAUGAACCAUAUCACAGGACAGAUGCCAGCCAACAUCAGUUCAAUGUUUCCAGCGUUGGAUGUUCUGGAUUUUUCUAAUAACAACUUCUUUGGGCACAUACCAACUUCGUUGUGUGAGAUCCGGAUCAUGGUAAUUUUAGACCUAUCAAAGAACAAUUUUUCUGGGGAAGUUCCAGCUUGUGUGUUCACUAAUUAUCCCUUACUAAUGACCUUAAAGGUCUCAAACAACAAGCUUGGUGGUCUGAUUUUUGGUGGGAUGAAUAACCUGUCCAUUAUGUUGGAACUAUACCUGGAUGGUAACAAAUUCGAAGGGACAGUGCCUCGUAAUCUCUCAGGAGGGCUUUUAAAGGUCAUUGAUUUGCAUGAUAACGAGUUAUCUGGCAAACUUGAUACAUCAUUGUGGAAUAUGUCUUCGUUGAAAGUCCUGAAUCUUGCUGGCAACCGUAUAACCGGCAAAAUUCAUCCACAAAUUUGUGGCCUCACAAGCCUUGAACUUUUAGAUAUAUCAAGCAAUAAUCUUACAGGGUCCGUACCGAACUGCAGCUGCAUGUUGCUCCACUUCCUUAACCUCUCUGGGAAUUCCUUAUCUAGCCAUAUCUCUUAUCCCUUCUUCAACAUAUCAAGUCUGAUUUCUUUGGAUAUCAGAAACAAUCAGUUCGCAGGCAACCUCCAUUGGAUACGUUAUCUUGAUAACAUUAGGCUGCUUUCCUUGGGCGGAAAUGAGUUUGAAGGGCAGAUCACUCCAAACUUGUGUGAACUCCUGCACUUGAGGAUAAUUGACUUGUCUCAUAACAAGCUUUCAGGUUCAUUACCCUCAUGUAUUGGUAAUUUCUUUUUCAAAGGUGACACGGACGAUCAAAUGUUUCAUUCAGUAUAUGGGGGUUCAUUGGACUCACUUGGCAGUCCUUAUGACUUGAGAGGCUUCAGCUUUACUACCAAAGGGAAUCUGUACACAUAUGGUCAAAGUUUCUUCGUUUCAAUGUCCGGCAUUGACCUAUCUGCGAACAUGCUGCAUGGAGAAAUUCCUUGGGAGCUAGGAAAUAUGAGCCAUAUAAAAUCCCUUAACCUGUCAUACAAUUCCUUUGUUGGCCCGAUACCGACCACCUUUGGCGGCAUGGAGGAGAUAGAAAGUUUGGACCUCUCACACAAUGAGCUGAGUGGACCAGUACCUUGGCAGCUAACGCGGUUAUGUUCAUUGGGGGUGUUCUCUGUGGCAUACAACAACUUGUCAGGAUGUAUACCGAACUCUGGUCAGCUUGGCUCAUUCGGCAUGGACAGCUACCUAGCCAACACCAACCUCCACAUGAUUACACAGGGGAACAUGUGCACUCCUGGUCCAGAUCCCGUGGCGGAGGAAGAUGUGGGUGAGACGUCUGGUGACCCAAUCCUAUACAUCGUCAUGGCUGCCGGGUUUAUUUUGGCAUUCUGGGCCACCGUUGCCUUUUCAUUAUUCCAUCCGUACGGGAGGUCUGUAAUAUUCAAGCUGUAG